CAACUUGAAGUGGCAAACAUAGCCAUACCCUCAUACCUUUUACGCGUAAGUGGUGCGAGGGUUUUAUGGUCAAAGGGUUUAGUUAUCUGGUUUUGUAGCCUCUCUUCUCUUUCUGUUGCGGAGAAAAUAAUGCUCGAAUCUAAAUUUCUGGGGGGAGAAACUGAGUGGGUGAUUUUUACUAGCUGGUACUGAAAUCUGAGUCCUCUUCCUUGCUGAUUUCUGUUGGCAGCAUAGCAUAGCAUAGCAUGGCUGUGUCGGUUUCAAGAAGGCUGCUGCGUUCUUUUGGGUCUUUGCACACUCAUGGCUGGUCUGAUUCCCCAAGGAUCUCAUUUUCACCAUUUUUUAACUAUGAUGCAUUGUAUGGACAUAAUUCUGGGGAUAGGCUAUCCUCUGUGGAAUCUUAUAGGAAGAAUGGGUCAUUUUUCAUUGCUUGUCGAAGGCUUUCAACUUCUAUCCUAACUCCUGACUCAAGUGAUGGUGCAUUUCCCUCUGAUUUAUUAUCCAGAAAGCAAGUUAUAACUCCAGAACGUACACAAGGACUCCUCCAGGACCUGGUGAUACCUGUGACAAAUUUUCAUAAUGAAGACAAAGGUCUUAUGGUUUUGGCUGGUGAUGUUUUUGAUGUGCCUAUUAGGAAGGAUAUUGUUCACCGUGUUGUUCUAUGGCAGCUUGCAAAGAGACAACAGGGGACACAUUCAACAAAAACUAUUAGUGAGGUCAGUGGGACUGGGAGGAAGCCAUGGCCGCAGAAAGGCACAGGUCGAGCAAGGCAUGGAACACUGCGUGGGCCUCAGUUUAGGGGUGGUGCUGUUAUGCAUGGCCCCAAGCCUCGAAGUCAUGCAUUCAAGCUCAACAAGAAGGUUCGUCGACUAGGACUAAAGAUAGCACUGUCAGCUCGGGCAGCAGAAGGAAAGCUCAUGGUUUUUGAGGAUUUUGAGGUUCCUACACAUAAGACCAAGAACAUUGUGAACUAUGUCAAGCAAAUGGAGGAAGCAAAGAAACUUCUGCUGGUGGAUGGUGGCCCAAUAAAUGAAAAGCUAAAGUUGGCUACACAAAAUCUUCAUUAUGUUAACGUACUGCCUUCAAUUGGUUUAAAUGUCUACAGCAUUCUUCUACAUGACACAUUAAUGAUGUCCCGUGAUGCUAUAAAUAGGAUUGUUGAGCGGAUGCACACUCCAAUUAACCGCUGAAGCAGAUUCUGCAUUCCAUUCAGCUCACAAGGCCGGUGUCCAAGUAGGGUUUUUGUAGCUUCUUUUAUUUUAGAAGAAAUUAUGAAAGCACAGAAAAUUCCGGUGUAUGUUCUUAUUCUUAAGCUGUGGCUGGAUGUCAUCUUUAGAUAACCUUGUUUUGAGAAUUUUGUAUUCAUUGUGGUGUUGCGCCCUAGCAUGUAACUGCUGUAGAUUGAGCGAACAAAUUUGUGACAGGAUUGUUACUAUCUUUUUCAUAAAAAAUUUGCUGCAACUUAUAUGUUGAA